CAUCCGGCCGCUCCUCCCCGCCUACUCUGUGUAUACUAAGUACACACUGCCUAGGUAGGUACUUGCACGCACACGACCUACGUACGAUAUAUGCCAUUUGCCAUUUACCAUUUGCUUUGCCUUGUCUUUCCUUUCAUUACCUGGUUGGUAGGUAGGUGGCGUAAAGACCGCGGCCGCCCCCUCCGAAAGUCCCAACGUCAAUCCCUAAACAGGAUUUCCCCAACUCCACCUCUCUCUCUCUGCAUCCAUCUGCAUUCAUCCAUCCACUACACAACACUUCAGCCACCACAGCCAAGCAAACAAGCAACCCUUUCAACAGUUCCUCUCUCAGAACUCUCCUUGUGCCAUUACCCUCCCCCACCGGGCGCUUCGCGCUUCCUUUUCCGCGACUGGUUCUCUCUCAAUCAACACAACCCGGUAUCCGUACCCCCCCCGUCCCAACUAAACUAAUUCACCCAUCUACCCAUCCAUCCAACCGUUCCAUCGACAUCCUUUCGUCGUCAUAUUUUUCUUCUUUUUUCCUUGUUCUUGGUUUUGUUUCUGGAUGCGACAACGGCAACAACCUACGCUAUUCACUAUUGCAGCAAACCAUCGUAUCGCAGUCCAAAAGAAGCCGGCCCGUCACCCUCUACGUCACGUCAGCCAGUUCUGACCGCGACAUCAAAUCAACCACCCCUGCGCAUCUUCCCCGGCAACCCGCGA